CUUCAUUUUCAUUCAUCACUCGUUCUCUGCAAUAUUGCAAUCACCUCUCUUUAGUUUUUCACCACAAACCAUCAAUGGCCCCAACAAAGGCCGAGAAGAAGCCAGCAGAGAAGAAACCCGCAGCAGAGAAAUCCCCUGCAGAGAAGAAACCUAAGGCCGAGAAGAAGAUCUCGAAGGAAGGAGGAAGCGACAAGAAGAAGAAGAAAUCCAAGAAGAGCGUUGAGACCUACAAGAUCUACAUCUUCAAGGUUUUGAAACAGGUUCAUCCUGAUAUUGGUGUCUCCAGCAAGGCUAUGGGAAUCAUGAAUAGUUUCAUCAACGACAUCUUCGAGAAACUAGCUCAAGAAUCCUCUCGUUUGGCUAGGUAUAACAAGAAGCCAACUAUUACUUCACGGGAGAUUCAAACCGCCGUUAGAUUGGUUCUUCCCGGUGAAUUGGCCAAACACGCCGUCUCCGAGGGUACAAAGGCCGUCACCAAAUUCACCAGUUCUUGAUUUAUCUAUGCUGUUUUUUUCUCUAGGGUUUAUUUUAUUUACGGAUUAGUUUAAUUAGGGUUUUCUUUUUUCGAGAUUGUUGAUGUAAUACAACUGAUUAAAUAAUUAAAAUGAAAUUUAAAAUCUCCAUGUGUGCUUAA